CAAUGAGCCUCCCGACGUUCGUCCCGCUCUUCGCACGGGACCUGUGUGCCUUCCAUGGCCGCCUCAAAGCGCACAAGACCAAGAAGGCCGUCGAUGACACGCUUCGAUGGUACCCCAACACGCAAGCACACAGAAACCACAAUGAUGUCGCCGGUUGAAUGAUUCCCUUCAGUCGGGAGGACGUUUUUGUAUCGGUGUUUCGGGAGCUGUCGGGUGAGUUACUGGCGCUCCUGAGGUCUGUGGGGUCGCUGGGUGGUGGGGAAGGCUUCAAUCUGGUGCUGGUGUUCGCUGCACUCGCGUGUUUGGCGUCGGAUGAUGUCAUCGUGAAGGCUCAGUGUGAGGAACACACACAGACUCAGGGUGAUUGUCACGUAGCCACGCACCACACAAGGACUGUCUUGUUUCUGUGUGUCCAGUCUUGUUUCUGUUCUUCGAUUUCGACGGCUUGGGCCAUCUCACACACUCCCAUCUCUCCCUCAUGAUUGGCAGGUGACCAAUUGUAGCAAGACAACGAGGCGCUCUCGUUCUGUAUUCUGCCUCCCCUUUCAUCAGUCUGCUUCAAGCCCAUCGGAUUUUGUGGCCGUCAGUGCUGCCGGCCCACCUGACCGAGGCGUCCCUUCUCGGCGAACUGAGUAUAUUCCAGUCCAGACGCAAUGGCAGCAGAGACACCAAUCACGGUGGGUGAGUAUACUGCGUCCUUUCGCAGCAUAUAAGUCCUUCCCCUGUCGCCUAUCAUGUCAGUGUCUCCACAGUCUUUCCUGAAUUGGGCGUCCUCCAGCCUCACCUUCAGCGCCCUUCUCACGCAGCCACCACCAUCAUUACCAGCACAUGCAACCGCUGUCAAGAGGCCGUUCGAGAGCACCGACAUGGACGAGGGGGCCAGCUACGACGGAGAGGGACAGCCGCAGCCCACGUCCUCACUCAGCAGGGCCAGUGAGGCCGAUACCCUCGCUACUACCCAAAUCAAGGGAACGAGACUGAAUGCUAGAGAGGUGGGAGAAGGCGACAAUCUGCAGGUGAGAGAUGAGACACAGGGAAUACGGCCCGCUCACAUGACGAUGUCUUGCGGUCAUCAGACGGCGCUCCACGACGCCCAGCGGCAGAUGGACGACUUGCAGUUGACCCUCUCUUCAUCUUCCACCAUACCCACCCCACCGCCUUCAGCCCUCAAAGCCAUCCGCGAGACCCACUCAGGACCUGAAAGCCAAAGCGCACAUACAAUCGACACGAGCCCCAAUUUCAAGUCGCCUAAGCACCUGGCUAAGCAGAUCGCGGCCUUGCGCGCGGCUCUGAGAGCGAGGGAUGAGCACAUUGCGCGGCUGGAGAAAGAGAAGGAAGAACUGGCGACAGCAGCGAAGAAGAAAAGCCCGUCAGCCUUGGCCAGGCCACAGAGCGCCCCAAGCGAGAUUGGCGAUGAGAGAGAGGGCAGCAGAGGGGGCAAGGCAACGAGUCUUGCGCGGGAGAUGGCGACCCUGGCCGCAUUCGAGACGUUGGAGCAGAGUUACAGGCGUGAGCAGGUGCAAGAGCUGAGAAGGCAGACGAAGCACAAGGAUGAGGAGAUCGGGAGGCUCAAGGGGCAGGUCGGGGACCUCACGCAGACGCUGCUUUCCUUCCGUGACAGUCGUCCCUCCAGCCCGGACUCGCCCUCACAGAUACAGCAGAUAUUUAGACAGGCAAGGGCGUCAGUUUCGGUAAGCGUCAACACACAGGCGCACGCACGAGAAGCCCUCAUUGCCUAUCUUGCAUGAUAUGUCUCCCAGGGCGAGGCUGCUCUGCUUUUCCCUGCUGACGACAUGGCCCGCCUGCAGCGAUCGCUGAAGACGCUCGAUGGACAGCUGGCCAUCUUCUACACCCACUUCUCGCGCCGACCAGACGGCACCAUAGUCGACUUUUCCACCCCAUCCAUCCCGCCCACGCCCUCCCACUCCUCACGCAUCGGCCAUGGACCCGAUGACGAGCUCAAUGUCGACUCCUUGAUCGAGACGAUUGACCGAGCCGGCCGGGCGCUCGGGGAGGCCUUGCAGCUGUUUGUGGAUAAGGAGAGUGUCUUGGCACGUUUGCAGGAUGAGCUCACCCUCGCGCUGCAGACGGCCAGCAAGAGGGCCGACGCGAUCAACGAAGGCAGCCCCUCUGCGUCGACCGACAUUCAGCAGCUGCAGCGGGCUUUGAAGCAGCGAGCGUUGGAGCUCUUUGAAUUAUAUGACAAGCUUGAAGAGAAGGAGAGGCUGAUCGUGCAGCUGCAGCAGGAGAGAGAGCGAGGGGGCGGGGUGGUGUCACCGAGCAAGUCGAGAGUGGCGGAGGGUGGGCGUGGUGGGAAUGUUGUGAGAGGGGGCAGGGAGGUGGGUUUCGACACACAGAGGAGCCGUGCUGAAAUGGAGGGCCGUCUGCAGCAGCUCAAAGACGCCAGAAAACGGCUGAGAGCCAGCACCGUCAUGGUGAGUGAGACACAAUCCAAUAUAUACAAUCGACACACUUAUCUGCCCCUGUCCUGUACUCAUUGUGUCACAGUAUCUGCGCACGACGACCAAGGCUCACGAGUCCGAAGAGGAGAGCGCCAGCGACCAAGACCAGCUCGACAUCUUCCUGCACGCCGCCCUUCACCGGGCGGGCUCACCCGAGCCAGCCGAGGGCAACCAGACACCAACCAAAGGCAACAACCCAGCCCCACCCCGCCGCAGCAGCGACACCGUCACUGGCACCCACACACACAGCUCCGACCACCAAGGGCCCACAGCACGGAGGGAGGUGCAGUGGGGCUCCAAUGACUUUGACAACGAGCUGGCCUAUCCUCCGCACACCGACGGCGGGAUUGAAGUGGUGCAUCCCGACAUUGCCCAGUGGUCAAGCUCUUCGUCGCCGUCAAGACGGUCGUCUGUGCGACGAGAGAGCACUGGCAGUGGGCAGCCGGGCGAGACACAGGGGGGUGCGCUUGGGGUUGUUGAUUGGAGCGGGGAAAGUGAGAGCAGGGGCGCUGUGGAAUCACGGUCAUCGUCUGGGGUGUCCUAUGAGAUGCCUGUGCAAGUGUGAAUGAAUGGG